AUGUCAGGAUACUAAAGAACUUAUUAAAGUUCUUUUACAUCUUAAAGAUACACAUCAGAGGCAAUCUCAAAGGAGUUGAAUGUUCCUGGAUAUGAAACAAGAGUGAGAUAUAAGUAUCAAAGAUAAUUAUUUUAGAAAUGAUUUGGGAAAACGAUAGAAUCAGGAAUUGGAUAUUGCUUGCUUUUUAAUGGCAGUAGAAGUAGAAAGGCUAGUUAAAGAAAAUACUUAAUUGAAAUAGGAGAUUCAAAAUUUUAUAGACUCAGGAUUAGAUAGAGUGAAUUAUGAGAUGUAAAUUAGGGAUUUAAUGGAAAAAUUGAAAAAUCAAACAUCGUAUUAUUUCAAUUAUAAUUCAUUUAGUGAAGUAAAUAGCUAUUCUGAAGAACGUGAAAGACUUGUAAUAAUAAUUAGAGAGUUGGAAGAUGAAAUUAGAAGACUUGAAGAGUAACUCAAAGAUUAUGAUCCAAAUUGGAGGAAAUCUUAAAGAGAUUUAGAAUUGCAAUUAUAAUUAUAAAAUAAACUAUUUGGAGGGAAAGCACCUGAAGAGAUUUCAAAAGAAUUAGAAGAACUCAGAAAAAAAGCUAAGAUUUUAGAUGAUUUGUAAAAGAAAAUAGGUGUUAAAGCUCCAGGUAUCUAAAUUGAGUAGGAUUUUAGAUGAAUUAUUAAAAGAAUUAGAAAAUUUGAAAAAAAAGGCAUAACAAUUUGAUGAUAUUAAUAAAAAAUUAAAUGGCAAAAACUUUUCAGAUUUAGAAAAAGAAUUAGAAAAAUUAAGAUAAAAAGCCGAUAAAUUUGAUGAAAUAAGUAAAUAAUUUUCAAAUCCAUGUAAAAUAAUAAUUUGAAUUAAUAGCUGAUAUAUAAAAGGAGCUUGAUUAAUUAAAAAAGAAAGCUGCAGAAUUGGAUAAGAUGAAAAUGUAAUUGAAUAACUAAAAUCCUGAUUAAUUAUUAAAAAAUUUAGAUGAAAAUAAAAAAUAAUUGUAAUCAAAAGAUAGAGAAAUAGGAGAUUUAAAGGUUAAUAUAAAAUGAUAUAUUUUAGAGACUCUUAUCUGAAUUAUAAUAAAAUUAAGGUUCUUAGGAUGAUUAAAUUAGAUUUUUGUAAUAAAAGAUAGAUGAAUUAGAAGAAAAAGUAGUGGGUUUGGCUUAAGAGUUAUCUAGAUACAAAAUGUUAUUAAAAGCUAAAGAUGAUGAAGUUAAUAAAUUAUAGACAUUAUUCAGAGACAAUGAAACUAAACUUGCAUAAAUGAAUAAUGAAUUAUAAAGAUCUAAAAAUGAUCUAUAAAGAGCAUAAGGAGAUUUAUAAAAAGCAUAAGGAGACUUAAGGAAAGCUUAGACUGAUUUAUCUAAAUCAUAAUAAGAAAAUUAGAAUUUGAAAUAACAAACUGAUGAUCUUAAAAGAUAGAAUUAAGAAUUAGUUUAGGAAAAUAAUAAUUUAUAAUAAGAUUUAGAAAAUCAAACAUAAAAUUUAGGAUAACUUGAUGAAAUAAAAGAUUAACUUAAUGAACUAUAAGAUGAGAAGAAUUAAUUAAAUGACAAGGUUUCAGAUUUACAGAACAAUCUUAAAGAGAAAUAAAGAUUAUUUGAUUAAAAAUAAUAAGAAUUAGAAGAUGCAUUAAAAAGAAUAAAAGAUUUAGAAGCUAAAUUGCUUGAAAUGGAUAAUUAUAUUGAUACAUUGGAAGAUGAUUUAUAAAAGUUUGAGAAAGAUAAUUAAUAAUUAAAUAGAGAAGCUGGAUAAAAGUAGUUGGCUGAUAGAGAAUUAGAAAGAUUAAGAGGUUUAUUAGAUCAAAUGAAAAAUUAGUAUGAUUAAUAACAAAAAGAAUUAGGAAAACUUAGAAACAAUCUUGAAUAAAUGAGAGAUUUACAAGAUGAACUUGCAUAAGCCAAAUCAGAAUUAGAUAGAGCUAAUUCAGUAAUUGCAUAAUAAUAAGAUGAAUUAGCUUAAAAAGAAAAUGAAAUAUCUUAAUUAGUUAGAGAAGUUUAAAAUUUAGAAGAAUCUAAUAACUAAUUGUAAGAUUAAAAUAAUAAUCUUUAAUAAUCAUUAUAAGAAUAAUAGGCAGUAACUAAUGGAAAUUAAGAGGAAUUAACUAAAUUAAGAAGGAUAGCAGAAGAUUAUAAAGAAAAGAUUAAAUAAUUAGAAUUAAAAUUUAAUGAAUAUUCUAAUAUGGAAGAUAGACUUAAGUAAUCUGAUCAUAGAAUUGCAGUUUUAAUGACUGAAAUAGAGAGAUUAAAUUCUUUAGUGAAACAAAUAACUUCAGAAACUGAAGAUUGGAAAUAAAAGCAUUCUAGAAUAGAAUUGGCUCUUUUAGAGUAUAGAUAAAUUGAGAAAACUAAUAGAGAUGCUGUUAAUAAGAAUUAAUAAUUUAUAAAUGAAAUAGAAAGAUUAAAGAAGUUAUUAGAAGCUAAACAUAUAGAAUUACUAUAAACUAUUGAAAGAUGUGAACUUUUAGAAUCUUAAUAAUAGACAUUGAUGAACUAAGUUUAAGAUGCCUUAAAGAAAGCAGAUACAGGAGAUAAUAUUUUACUUUAAUAUUUAUUGAUUGCAGCAGAAAAUGAAAGAUUAUCUGGUAUUUUGCAACCAAUUUAAGAAAAGUUCAAUUAAUUAACAGUUUAAGUUAAGGAAAUGACAGUUAAAUAUACUGAAUUAUAAAAUAAAACUUUAGGAAUUGAUUUAGAUGAAUAUGAAAGAUUAAAAAAAUUAAUUAUUGAAUAUGAAAAUAGAAUUGCUAUGCUUUCACUAGAAAUUUAAAGAUUAAAAGCAAAAACUAAUAUAAUAGAUAGAAAUAAUGGUACAUAAGGUAAUUUUGGUAGUAAUGAUAAUAUCAAUAUUUAGUAUAAUAGUUCAAUGUUCUAAUCAAAUGAAGAUUUGUCAAAUAAAAUUACUGAUUUAUUGUGUUUAGUUGCAAUGAUGUCAGCAGAAUUGGAUGUCUUAAGAAGUAAUAAUGAAAAAUAAGUUUAACAAUAAAUGGUAAAUUAAUAUAGAUAAAAUAAUGAUGUUGCAAAUGUUUAAACAAUUCAAUCAGUUGAAACUACAUCUGGAUUCUCCUAUUAGAGAAUUUCUUCAAAUAGAAAAUAUUGA